AUGUCCUCUACCACCAACUUCACCACUCCACCACCACUACACGCCACCACAACCCGCUCCUCCACCACUCUGCAUAAACCCCCACCAGAAAAACUAGCAAUUUUAAUUGACAAAUCCAAAUCCUUAAACCAUAUCAAGCAAAUCCACGCCUUUCUCUACCGCCACAAUCUCCAAGACCACCCAAUCCUCAACUUCAAGCUUCAACGUUCUUACUCCUCUCUGGGUCACUUAAACCACUCCCUUGGACUUUUUAACAAAACCCAAAACCCCAAUGUCUUCUUUUACACUUCUAUUAUACAUGCCCACUCUAUGCACAAUCUACAUCACCAAGCACUUCUUUUCUAUGUCCAGAUGUUGAGUCACAAUGUAAUCCCUAAUGCAUUUACUUUCUCAUCGAUUUUGAACUCUUGCCCAAUUGAACCUGCUAAAUUGCUACACGGGCAUGCGAUAAAAUUUGGGUUUGAUGCAGAAUUGUAUGUGAGGACUUGUCUUGUAGAUGUUUAUGCAAGAGGAGGUGAUGUUGCUUCGGCGCGUAAGCUGUUUGAUGCAACGCCUGUGAAGAGUUUAGUUUCAUUGACAACGAUGAUUACUUGUUAUGCUAAGUAUGGUAUGAUUGACGAGGCAAGAGUUUUGUUUGAUGGAUUGGAAGAGAGGGAUGCUGUUUGUUGGAAUGUGAUGAUUGAUGGGUACGCGCAACAUGGGUUACCUAAUGAAGGAUUGGUGUUGUUUAGACAAAUGUUGAAGGCUAAAGUGAGACCUAACGAAAUUACUGUGUUGGCUGUUCUUUCUGCUUGUGGGCAACUUGGGGCUUUGGAGUCGGGAAGGUGGGUCCAUUCGUAUAUUGAGAAUAUUGGGAUUCAGAUUAAUGUUCGAGUAGGGACGGCUUUUAUUGAUAUGUACAGUAAAUGUGGGAGUUUGGAGGAUGCACGGUUGGUUUUUGAGAGGAUAAGUAACAAGGAUGUCGUUGCUUGGAAUUCGAUGAUUGUUGGGUAUGCAAUGCACGGAUUUAGCCAAGAUGCGUUGCAGUUGUUUAAAGAGAUGUGUAGGAUCGGAUACCAACCUACAGAUAUAACAUUUGUUGGUGUAUUGAAUGCUUGUGGUCAUGCUGGUUUGGUCAGUGAAGGAUGGAAAUUGUUCUAUUCAAUGAAAGAUGAAUAUGGGAUUGAACCCAAGGUUGAGCAUUAUGGGUGUAUGGUAAAUCUUCUUGGGCGUGCUGGGCAUUUAGAAAAAGCUUAUGAGCUUGUUAAGAACAUGGAGAUUGAGCAAGAUCCUGUAUUGUGGGGAACUCUGCUUGGAGCUUGCAGGCUCCAUGGCAACAUUGCCCUAGGAGAGAAAAUUGUGGAGUUUCUUGUUAGCCAGAAUCUUGCAAAUUCAGGGACGUAUGUUCUUCUUUCAAACAUUUAUGCGGCGGAUGGCAAUUGGGAAGGGGUGGCGAGGGUGAGGACCUUGAUGAAAGAGAGUGGGGUUGAGAAGGAGCCUGGUUGCAGCUUAGUUGAAGUGCAUGACAAGGUACAUGAAUUUUUGGCUGGAGAUUUGAGACAUCCGAAGAGCAAAGAGAUCUACGAAAUGCUGGAGGAGAUAAAUGGUUGGCUUAAAACUCAUGGUUAUACCCCACAGACAGAUAUUGUAUUGCAUGACUUGGAGGAUGCGCAAAAGGAGCAGUCACUUGGAGUUCACAGUGAGAAAAUUGCCAUUGCUUUUGGACUUAUAAGCACUAAGCCAGGCUCUUCAAUAAAGAUUGUAAAGAAUCUACGGGUGUGCGCUGAUUGUCAUGCUGUGACAAAGUUGAUUUCAAAGAUCACCGGCCGUAAGAUUGUAAUGAGGGAUCGAAACCGUUUCCACCACUUCGUAAAUGGCUUAUGUUCUUGUGGAGAUUAUUGGUAA